CUUCAGCAUGUUAUAUGCAAACUUAACUCUCAAGCUUAGUACUCCACGAAGUUUAUUCAUUCUCUAAUGAGUAUCAUAGUUUAUACACUCUUUGUCUCUUCUCUUGUAGUUUCCAUAGCUGCAGACACACCAUCCAAUUCACAGUUCCAAUCCCUCAGUCCUGGAGAGACCAUAGUUUCCCCAAGAGGAAUCUUUGAACUUGGUUUCUUCAAUCUUGGAAAUCCAAACAAAAGCUACCUCGCAAUUCGGUACAAGAGCUAUCCGGAUCAAACAUUUGUUUGGGUUGCAAACGGUGCCAACCCAAUCAAUGACUCCUCAGCCAUAUUGAAACUAAACAGUCCUGGCAGUUUGGUCCUUACACACUACAAUAAUCAUGUUUGGUCCACAAGUUCUCCAAAAGAAGCAAUGAAUCCAGUGGCAGAGCUAUUGGAUUCUGGUAAUCUUGUGAUAAGAGAGAAGAAUGAAGCAAAGCUAGAAGGGAAAGAAUAUUUGUGGCAAAGUUUUGAUUACCCUUCUAACACGAUGUUGGCAGGGAUGAAGAUUGGUUGGGACCUUAAAAGGAAGAUAAAUAGAAGACUCAUAGCAUGGAAGAGUGAUGAUGAUCCAACCCCAGGAGACUUAUCAUGGAUUAUUGUGCUUCAUCCCUAUCCUGAAAUUUACAUGAUGAGUGGAACAAAGAAGCACCACAGACUUGGACCGUGGAACGGCUUGCGUUUCAGCGGCAUGCCCGAGAUGAAGCCUAAUCCUGUUUUCAAUUACAAGUUUGUCUCCAACAAGGACGAGGUUACCUACAUGUGGACAUUGCAGACUAGCUUGAUCACAAAAGUGGUUCUCAACCAAACCUCGCAACAGCGUCCUCGCUACGUGUGGUCCGAGGCCACUAGAUCGUGGAACUUCUACUCAACCAUGCCAGGAGAGUACUGUGACUAUUAUGGCGUUUGCGGGGCCAAUUCAUUUUGCAGCUCCACUGCAUCGCCAUUGUGUGACUGCUUAAAAGGGUUCAAGCCGAAGUCUCCGGAGAAAUGGAACUCAAUGUAUCGGACAGAAGGAUGUCGCCUGAAAAGUCCACUGACUUGCAUGCUUGAUGGAUUUGUUCAUGUUGAUGGUUUGAAAGUGCCAGAUACUACAAAUACGUCUGUGGACGAGAGUAUUGAUCUUGAGAAAUGCAGAACCAAGUGCUUGAAUAAUUGUUCCUGCAUGGCAUAUACCAAUUCAAAUAUAAGUGGAACAGGUAGUGGCUGUGUCAUGUGGUUUGGCGAUUUAUUAGACAUCAAAUUGUAUCCAGCACCAGAAAGUGGGCAGCGUCUAUAUAUAAGGUUGCCUCCUUCCGAAUUAGAUUCUAUCAGGCACAAGGUGUCUAAAAUAAUGUAUGCAACCUCCGUUGCUGCAGCUAUAGGAGUUAUACUUGCUAUUUAUUUUCUCUACAGAAGGAAAAUUUAUGAGAAAUCAAUGGCCGAAUAUAACAAUGAAAGUUAUGUGAAUGAUCUGGAUCUGCCAUUGCUUGAUUUGUCAAUAAUCAUUGUAGCCACAAACAAAUUCUCAGAGGGAAACAAGAUUGGAGAAGGUGGCUUUGGAUCUGUAUAUUGGGGAAAAUUAGCCAGUGGGCUAGAAAUUGCUGUGAAGAGACUCUCAAAGAACUCGGAUCAAGGAAUGAGCGAGUUCGUAAACGAAGUAAAACUGAUUGCAAGAGUUCAACACAGAAAUCUUGUAAAGCUUCUUGGCUGUUGCAUUCAGAAAAAAGAGAAAAUGCUAGUUUAUGAAUACAUGGUUAACGGCAGCCUUGACUACUUCAUAUUUGAUUCUACCAAAGGGAAAUUGCUAGAUUGGCCAAAGCGUUUCCACAUAAUUUGUGGAAUUGCUCGGGGACUUAUGUACCUUCAUCAAGAUUCUCGAUUGAGGAUUGUCCAUAGAGAUCUCAAAGCAAGUAAUGUUUUACUAGAUGAUACUUUGAAUCCAAAAAUUUCAGAUUUUGGAGUGGCUAAAACUUUUGGAGAAGAGAAUAUUGAAGGAAAUACAAAUAGAAUUGUUGGAACAUAUGGGUACAUGGCACCAGAAUAUGCUAUCGAUGGGCAAUUUUCUAUAAAAUCUGACGUCUUCAGCUUUGGUGUUUUACUGUUGGAGAUUAUAUGUGGGAAGAAAAGUAGAUGUUCUAGUGGGAAGCAAAUUGUUCACCUUGUUGAUCAUGUGUGGACAUUGUGGAAAAAAGAUAUGGCUUUACAAAUAGUUGACCCAAACAUGGAGGAUUCAUGCAUUGCGUCUGAAGUGUUACGUUGCAUCCAUAUUGGGCUCUUGUGCGUGCAACAAUACCCAGAGGAUAGGCCUACAAUGACCUCAGUGGUUCUCUUGUUGGGGAGUGAUGAGGUGCAAUUGGAUGAACCUAAAGAGCCAGGGCAUUUUGUGAAGAAGGAAUCUAUUGAAGCAAAUUCAAGCUCAUGUAGUUCAACCAAUGCGAUGUCCAUAACCUUAUUAACUGCUCGCUGAUAAUCAACGAGAUAGGUGGAUAUUGUUGUAAAGGAAAUUGCUGAAUGGUAUGAAGGAUAUUUUGCACGAGAAGUACCAAAAUGUAAAUCAUCAGUUGUUGCAUGGUUUCCUUCAAUUCUGUUUUUCCGUAUACUCUUUUAAUUUAAUCUGUAACCAGUAGAAAGAAGCCACAUAUAUUUCGUACUCAUUCGGUAUAUAUAUAUAUAUAUAUAUAUAUAUAUAUGUAUCAUUUCAUACUGAAUAGGAGAGCAGUUCUCUUGUAAAUUAGAUAUAAUUUAUUUUUAAUCUACAAAAUUGAAGUGCA